AUGGCGUUUAAAUCAAAUCUGGGUGGCUUAAUUCGUGAACAACAAGGACAUAGGAGUUUUCCAACUUGGAUAGGAGACCUUACCCAUAUAACUCUGCUCAAACUGCAGGAAAACAAAUUGGUAGGUCCUAUUCCACAGUCAAUCUCUAGGCUUGAGAAUCUCACACUUCUUGAUCUACAAUCAAAUUUUCUAAAUGGCAGUGUGAAAUUUGACUUGCUUGUCAAGUCAAAAGAGCUCAUCAGACUCCAACUUUCAGGAAACAAUUUGUCUUUGACAAAUGUCAACAUCAAUUUCACUCUUCCUAAGUUCAAGCUUUUGGGAUUGGCUUCAUGCAACUUGCUUGAGUUCCCAAAUUUUCUGCGUCGUCAAGAUGAAUUGGAGUUUCUGGAACUUGCUAACAACAAUAUUCAAGGCAAAAUUCCAAAAUGGAUUUGGACCAUUGGAAAAGAAACACUAUCCUAUUUAGAUGUUGCUUAUAAUUUUCUGACAGGAUUUGAGGAGCUUCCAGCUGUUCUUCCAUGGAAAAGGUUAACAAUUUUGGAUCUUAGAUCUAACAAGCUCCAUGGAUCACUCCCCAAUCCACCACCUUCUGUCAUCACUUAUUUUGUCUCAAACAACUCACUAACAGGGGAAAUCUCACCAAUGUUCUGCCAUCUGUCUUCUCCUGCUGUCUUGGAGUUUUCGAAUAACAAUUUGAGUGGAAUGCUGCCACCAUGUUUGGCCAACCUUAGUGCCUCUCUGAAAGUACUCAAUUUCCAAAAUAAUCACUUCACCAGUGACAUUCCUCAAACGUAUGUGAGGGGUUGUUCAUUGAGGAUGAUAAACUUCGCGCAGAAUCAGUUGCAGGGGAAGAUACCAAGAUCACUGGCCUAUUGCACCACGUUGGAAGCUCUUAAUCUUGGAAAAAAUGAAAUAAAUGAUACUUUCCCCUCUUGGUUGGGCGUUCUUCCAAACCUUAAAGUUCUGGUCUUGAGAUCCAAUCGAUUACAUGGUGCGAUAAGGAAACCUCAAAGCAGCUCUGAAUUCUCGAAGUUGCAAAUAAUCGACAUCUCUGACAAUAAUUUGGGAGGUGAGUUGCCACUGGGGCAUUUCAAUAUAUGGAAUGCAAUGAAAGUUGCCAAAGCAGGUAACUUAUCAUACAUGAAUGCGACCACAGGCUUUCAGAGUAAAGAAUUUUCAUGGUCUGAUUACUACCGCUACUCAAUUGAAUUGACAAAUAAAGGCGUGGAACUAGAAUAUGAGAGCGUUCAAGAUUCCUUCACUGCCAUUGAUCUCUCGAACAACAAAUUUAAUGGAGAAAUUCAUGAAGACAUUGGAAAUUUGAAGGCACUUAAUAUGCUUAACCUUUCAAACAACAAUCUCACCGGUCAUAUCCCAUCAUCCUUGGCCAGUUUAACACAUCUUGAAUCGUUGGACCUCUCUCGAAACAAGCUCUCAGGAGAAAUCCCUCGCCAACUGGUACAACUCACAUUCCUCUCAUUCUUUGAUGUCUCUCAUAACAGUCUCGAAGGGCCCAUACCUAGUGGAAGACAGUUUAGUACAUUUGAUACUAAUUCAUUCCUCGGAAAUUUGGGAUUGUGUGGGCCCUUUGCCCAAAAAUGUGGAAUUCCUGAAAAGUCCUCAGGGCAAGAUCCUUUGAACUCUGAAGAAGAUAAAGGCAUCGGAAGUCUGUUUACGUUUGAUUGGAAAGUAGUUUUGGUGGGAUUUGCAGCUGGGCUAAUCAUUGGAAUGCCUCUAGGUUGUAACUUUAUUAACAGGAAGCAUGGGAGGUUUUUAAUGGUUUUGGGAAACAAGCAAUUGGGAAGAAGAGAGAAAAAGAGGAGGCACAAAUUUUGUUUUUGAAGAACCAUAAAUGGUUUCUUAAAGCAAAUUGUCUUUUGGUGACCAGUGUUGAAGUAUUGGGUUUCGUUUCUGGGAAGCGCUUCACUGGUUUGGCAAUGGAGGUUCGCGGGAAACUCAAGUUUGUUAAAGAAGAAGAAGAGGGGUACAUGACUUGCAUGUGCCUCAUGUAAAUGAUAUGUUGUUUGGCUCUAUUGCUAGUGUCGUGUUAUAACUUCUGUUUGUUCUUGUUUUAACUUGCCAAAACUGUGCCGUUGCAUUCAGCCAUUUUUUACUUUAAUUUACGAGCUGCUAGAAAGGAAUAUUUUGCAGUCUCCAAUGCAAAAUUUUCCUCCGUUGUUUGCUGUGGCCAGGUGGCCUUCUCUGUUGGUUUUCUUGUUUCUCUCACCUCCAUCAACCGUGUGUAUAUGAGAGGUUUAUGUGUUUAAUGAAACGAUGAGGUCUUAUGCCGUUUUAGCUUCACAACUAUUUUUCUCUCACUUCUCUCCCGAUUUCUCCUUUUUCUUUCUCUGUUCAUGUUCAUCAUUUUUACCCAGAAAUUCAUGGUUUCUCAACAACCAGUCACCUAGGCAAUUUUGCUAAGGUGCAUGGAAGGAGCCGAUUCAGAUUCGGAUGAAUCUCUUAGGUUCAAUUGAGGACUUCUCUUACAUUGAAUAGAAAGGAAUGUCUUCCGAAGUUUAAAUUUCUACGU